GAUGGAGAGAGAUGCAGAUUUCUUACACAAGAAGGCCGAACGAGCAACGUUGAGGGUCUGCCUCAGAGAAAAGUACCGGCUGCCAAAGACUGACAUGAACAUGACAUCUGGAGGAGUGGAAAGAUGGUUUUAAGAUUGAUGACGUCCCCUUUCUGACGUGCAGCGGGGGUCCCGCAUGAGCAGUCCCGCAGCAGGCAGCACUUUAAAAGCCUCCCCUGAAGAUGCUCCAUCUCCACUGAGCAACACAGGCGGACCGGUGUGCGUCUCGGGCUCAAGUCUUCCACUCGGUUUGUUUUUCUCCAUUUACAACUUUACCAAAACACAAAGAGUAGCGAUACAUUUGAAGAAAGAAAGGGAACAAAAAAGUUGUUUAACUGUCACCAUCUUUUGGACCUCACCGACCAAUGUGGCUUAUCGGAUCAACUUCCCAAGUGAUGAUGAUGAUGGAAGAGCGCCUGUCUCCCCCCGCGCGCUCAGCGCAGAGCCCGGGGGACAACCCGGCCACGGUCCACAGCAUAGAGGCCAUUCUGGGAUUUAAAGAGGCCACCAUCUUCCACAAGUCGGCCUGCUACAGCCUGGCAGAGAAAGUCCUGGUGAAAGAUGCUGAGCGGAACGUCUCACCGAGCCCGCUGAAGAAGGGCCAUUCCUCGGACAGCUUUGACAGUGUUUGCUCAUGCGCAAACGGCGCGGCUGAAGCUCCGGUGAGCCCGGACUCACCGGGCGGAGACGGAAAACUGUCCGACGAUGAAAACCCCAAGAAGAAGCACCGUCGGAACCGGACAACGUUCACCACCUUCCAGCUCCACGAACUCGAGAGAGCUUUCGAGAAGUCCCACUACCCGGACGUGUACAGCCGGGAGGAGCUGGCGCUGAAGGUCAACCUGCCGGAGGUCCGAGUGCAGGUUUGGUUUCAAAACCGGCGGGCGAAAUGGCGUCGGCAGGAGAAGCUGGAGGUAAGCUCCAUCAACCUCCAGGACACCUCCUCUUCCUCAUUGCUCUCCUUCAGCCGCUCUCCCACCAGUCUGCAGCUGGACCCCUGGCUCUCCACCCCCAUCACCACCUCCACCUCCCUGCAGUCCCUCCCGGGCUUCAUCGCCGGCUCGCAGGGACUCCCGUGCACUUACACGCCUUCUCCUCCCCCGUCCGUGCCGGCCUCCUUCCUCAACCCCCCUGCCCUGGGACACGGCCCUCACCUGCCCCACAUGGGCUCCAUGUGCCCUCCUCCCCCGGCGUACCACUGCUCAGCCGACCCGAGGAACUCGAGCAUUGCCUCGCUGAGGAUGAAGGCCAAGGAACACAUUCAGUCCAUUGGGAAGACGUGGUGAUGCCGAGUGGAGGUUGAACACGGACAUCGAAUCCCAGAAUGCAUCGUGCUCAUGCAUCUUUUCGAGGAACCGACUUCAUCCUCAUGCAGACGGGAUUGUUUUUUUAAAAGAGUCAAAUUUACAGUUGACGUCCAGGAUUAGAGAGACAUCCUCGUCACUUAAGGGUAAUCCGUUUCUUCUCCCAUGAACAUGAGCAGUGUAUAGACGUUGAAUAAAUGGUUUGUGACACAAUGAAGAAGUAUACGUGUAACUGUUUAUAAGAGGCGGAGGUAUAGGGGAGAAGUUUUGAUUGACAAAUACUGUACAUUCAUUAUCACUUAUUAUCCUAAGAUUCUCACGACUUCAUUACAAUGUGUUAAAAACAAUUCAUAAAAUCUCUGACUGUAAAUGUAAGAUAAAGGGAGUAAAUUGUCCCCCUUAUAAGCAACUAUCUGAAAUUAAUGUGAAAUUAUUGUAAAAAUAUGAGACUGAACACUGAUGACAUGUGUUUCUUCUCUGAAAAUUGUAUUUACUGUUGAGUUUUACAUUUGUUUAUUAUCUCAUCCAGUGUUAUAUGCUGCAAAUAUAACAAGUCCAUUAGUACCCGUAUUUAUUCUGCUUUUGUAAAUGGAGCACUAGUCCUCAUUUUCAUUCAUCCUUCCUUCCCUGCUGCUGUUUGAUCUCCAUCAUGAAACAUUUAACAAAUGUGAAUAUUUCUCUACACAAUAAACUUCAUAUGUGAAAUUCAUAACAUUGUGGCUAAUUGUGUUUUACAAGAAAUAAUAGAUACAUCAGGAAUAUGUGAUG